AUGGCAGCGCCACCUCUCGGCCUCACCUGCAGGGUCGCCGGGGCCUUCACCACCCCGGCCGUGGCGCAUUCCGGUUUCCGCCCCCGACAUCUCGGCCCUGGUCUCCUCCCUUCAAAGAGAUGGAGCGGGGUGGUGAGGAUGGGAGCGGUGGUCGGAGGAGGGCAGGAGGGAGAGGAGGACGAGGAGCUGAGGCAAACAAAGGAGCAGGCUGCCGCCAGGAGGCGGUGGGAGACUCUGAUUAGGGAGCAGAAAAUUAAAACCCUUACACCGAGGGAAGCUGGUUAUACGUUCAAACUGACGGACAAGGCUCUUCUGGAUGUUAGGCCCUCAAACGAGCGUCAAAAGGCUUGGGUGAAAGGCUCUACCUGGAUUCCUAUAUUUGAUGUGGAUACAUCGGUUGAUCUGGGCGGACUUAGCAAAAAAAUCAGCAACUUUGUAAUGGGUGGCUGGUGGAGUGGCAGCUCAACAUUGUCAUUUAAUAAGAACUUUGUACAGCAGGUUGAGGAGAAGUUUUCAAAAGAUACAGAUAUAAUACUAGUGUGCCAGAAAGGACUUAGAUCACUUGCCGCCUGUGAACAGCUGUACAAUGCUGGUUUUGAAAAUUUGUUCUGGGUACAAGGAGGCCUCGAAGCUGCCGAAGAGGAGGAUUUUGAGAGGGAAGGUUCCCAGCCUUUCAAGCUUGCCGCUAUUGGUGGGGUUUCUGAAUUCUUUGGGUGGACGGACCAGCAACGCAGGCAGGCCGCAAAGGAAGGACUGGGAUACCGGCUUGUCUUCACUGGUCGCUUGGUAAUUCAUCUCAAGGAGAUGGCCACUCGAACUAAUUGCUUUGCAAAUUGCAAGGAGAGGGGAUUGAUGUUUUCUUUGUCCUGGAACUUCAGGUCGGAGCACUGGUGCUACUUGAUGCUUUGUUUCUGGGCGCUCAAAGGAUCGGCCCUCUGCUUCAAGAAAUGCAACCGCGUUGAUCUCCGCAGAACGUUCCUGUAG